UGCGUAUUUUAGGUACCUUUACCGCAUUUUCGAAUCGUUCAUCUGACAUCACCGUCGCGGGGCCGGGGGACACGGGGGCGGACGACAGCCCGGUCGCUCGCCAGUGUGACGCGGGGCGCCGCGCCGGCCGCACGCGACAUGCGCGCCCUCUAGCGUAUUAUGUUCCUCCCCGACCUCCCGCGAGCCUGCAUGGUGGACGACGUAGCGACGUACCUCCAAGCGCCCUCCUCGGGACAGGACGAGUUCCAUCCGUUCAUAGAGGCCCUGAUGCCUUUUGUAAAGUCCUUUUCGUACACGUGGUUCAAUUUACAAGCGGCCAAACGGAAAUAUUAUAAGAAACACGAAAAACGGAUGAGUCUUGAGGAGGAGCGGCACACAAAAUAUGAGUUACAAAACGAAAAAGCAGAAGUGAAACAAAAAUGGGCAUCGAGAUUGCUAGGGAAACUGCGGAAGGACAUAACGCAAGAUUGCAGAGAGGAUUUUGUACUCAGCAUAACGGGCAAGAGGCCAGCUGUGUGCGUCCUCUCCAACCCAGACCAGAAGGGCAAGAUGAGGAGAAUAGAUUGCCUGAGACAGGCGGAUAAGGUCUGGCGUCUCGACCUAGUGAUGGUGAUACUAUUCAAAGCUAUCCCCCUAGAGAGUACGGACGGCGAACGGCUCGAGAAGCACCCGGAAUGUACGCAGCCCGGGCUGUGCGUGAACCCGUACCACAUCAACGUGUCAGUGCGCGAGCUCGACCUGUACCUGGCCAACUUCAUUAACAGCUAUGGUAAUGGGAGCGACGGUCUGCCAGAUAUCCUAAGCGGGUCUCUCUCGCCCCACCCGCCUAGGGACAAAGAGAACGAACACGAGGCUAAGAGCAAAGGCUAUAGUCACAAUCCGUACAACGGAGUAAUUUGCAACGAUAUUAUUCUAGCCACUGGUGUCUUCUCUUCAAAGGAGCUAUGGAAGUUGUCGAAAGCAUCAAUCCUCCAAGAGACAGGCUCGGAGUCGCCGGGCGGUUCGGGUGGCGGCAUUAAGCUGGAGUCUGGCUACUACUGUGGGUACAACAGCCCCGCGCCGCCCGCCUUCGAGCCCGCCGCUGAGAGGGUCACGCCUUCGAUGCUGGCCGGACAGUGCUUUAGCAUACCCCACAGUUCAGCGGGUCUGAGCGUGUCGCAGCCCCUGGUGCCAUCCAACACGAUCUUCUACCAGCACGCGCCCACGGACACCCAUCCCACCGGUAACUACGCCUCAUCGGAAGCGCUGAGCAGUCAACACUCGGGCAAGUACGACGGCGCGCCGCAGGACUCACUCGGGGACUUCGUCACGUUCGUAUGUCAGGAGCCUCCCGCUGACGUCCAGCAGUUGCAGGUCCACGCGUUAUCGCGGAGUCCGAAGCCAGCGUACUUCAGCAGUACGAUGCUGCCCCCGCCCCCGCUACCGCCUAUGGCGCGCCCCGUCGCCAUCAUCCGCUCCACCGGUGAGUACACCAGCGAGCUAGUCCCGGGCGGGGGUUCCCCCGGGCCGGCGUCGCCGCGCUCGCCGCCCACGUCGCCGCGCCGCCGCUCGCCGCACUACCGCGCCGACUGCCACGCCUUCCCGCCCUACCACCAGCAACAGGUGUUCAGCUACGGGUCCCUGGGCGGCGUGGGCCUGGGCGGCGCGGUGGGGGCGGGGGGCGCGGGGGGCGUGUCCCCGCCGGGGGGGCUCGGGCUCUACGCGCCGAGGAACAACCGACCCCCGCCUAGAUGGAAUCCACCUUUCACAACUUUGGAAGACGAGUUCAACAUCAUGACGGCGCCGACGGGGCCCGACCACGUUGUGCUACUAGAUGAUGAACGCUUCUUCCAAUCGAGCGUGAUAACGUCCGAGGGCGCUCCAAUGGACACUAGCGGGGCUGUGACCGGCGUCGUAGAAGCCGACGAGCUCGCGCCCGACAAACCCGCGCCCGCGCUCCGCUCGCCGUGAUCCCACGCCCCCGCCCUCUACCCGCCCGGCGACGGACCCAGCGGGGACGGUAUGAUAAUGCACCUCACCUCUAGGGACGACGCCGGGACCACCACCGACGCUAUGCUCCUACCCAUCGUCUCUAGAGCCGACGACCUGCGUAAUCAAACGAUGCUGUCUAGGGGGGAUGCGAGGAGUCAACACCUGCGUAAUCAAACGAUGCUGUCUGGAGAGGAUGCGAGAAACCAAGACCUGAGAAGCGAGUCUUCACUCUUGCCGAUGACAACUAGAUCCGACGACCUGCGAAGCGAGAAUAUGCUACUACCUAUUACAUCUAGAUCGGAUGACUUGCGAAGUAAGACGAUGCUACACCCUCUUACGUCUAGAUCGGAUGAUAUGAGAAGCGAGACGAUGCUACUACCUGUUACGUCUAGAAGCGAUCCACUACCCAUCGUGAGUAGAGCCGAUGACCGAACGAUGCUGAGGGACGAUCGCAGCGAAUCUAUACUCUUACCUAUUACUUCUAGAUCGGAUGACCUGCGAAACGAGAGUAUGCUUCUACCCGCUACAUCUAGAUCGGAUGACCCGUCAUUGUUACUACCGAUCGUAUCUAGAUUAGACGACCGCACGCAUUCCAUACUGAGGAACGAUCGAAGCGAUUCCAUGUUCGUACCCGUCACGUCUAGAAGCGAUUCGACGCUACUACCCGUCGUUUGUAGAUCGGAUGAUCCGAUGUUGAGGAACGACCGAAGCGAGUCUAUGCUUCUACCCGUCACGUCUAACGAAUCUACACUACCAAACACGUCGAGGGCAGAAUUGUCGGAGUCCACGGUGAUAUAUUCGGGAGUGAGUGCGUGGAGUAAUCAACCCGUUUCGUCUACAGUGCUUAGAUGGACACCCGCUCCACCACCUCAUUGGAGACCUGUAACUCAUAGAACUGCGUGAGUGUUGAUAGGUCUUCCAUCGUUUCGACAGACUUGGUCAGACUUUGUGAAAUUUUUCGGCAGUUUUAUUUUUGAUGAGGACUUAAUUGAUACUGAGGCUAUGUACUUAUCUUCAAUAUAAAGGAGAUCGUUUGUUCAUGUCAAGCACCAUUAAAUACUCAACUGGAGAUUAAUUUUUCAAGUGUAUGUUUUGGAUAGUAAAUGUAUUAUAAGUGUUUAUGUUGACGCACAAAAGUUCGAUGAAAUCAUAUAGUGAAGAUUUUUUUUUACAAACGUAAGUGUCCAAACAUGAUGUUGAUUUAUGCAAGUUCUGCUUAAGAGGGCGGUAGGAGAGGGGGCAAAAUGUAUGUAAAUAUUAUUAAAUAAAAACGGCAUUGAAUCAAAACCGGCAAAUUGUAGUAGAAAUAUAGAUUUUACAAUUGUACUUACACGUAACGAUUGCCUGUAGUCGAUCGACAACUCGUCACCGACGAUGUGACUUUGUCACAGCGGCACAUAAUUAAAAAAUAUUAAAAGCGCCAUCUACUCGAGGAUUCCUGAAACCAGAGGCAUUCGAUACUGUAACUACCUACUCGUUAAGGCUAACAAAAUACUCCAACGAUAAUUAUUGUGUAUUAUAGAUAAAGCUACGAAAAUUAAAACAACAUAAUAAUAUUCUAAUAUUUUUAUAGAAUAUAAAACAAGUAUGAUAUGAUCAAGCCUUCCAGUAAUUUAGUGAAAUAAAAAAAAUGUUAAUGAGAGUAAAUACAGCUUAUAAACUGUUAUUUUGCUGUAAGACAGAUAAAACGGAAUUAAUGCUUCCAGUUACUAUAGCGUCAAAUAAAUUUCUAUUGACGAAAGUGUGAUAAUAAUUGAGUUGUUUUUCUUGUUUCGUUGUUGUGUGUUUUGUAUUGAAAAAGUAUAGAAUAAGCGGUACUUAAUAGAUUACAACUUCUUUUUUUUUAUUAUUUAUUUAUUAAACGAAUAUUUAAUAAAGACGAGCCUUGCUUAUGAGAUUAGUUUAGUUGUAUUGUUAGUGGCCGAGGCUAGCUACUUUAUUGUAGUUCAUUCGACUCAACAAACAAUGUUUCAAACAUUUACAAAUCGAUGGUGAAAAUUUGAUAAGCAAAUGAAACUCUUUUAGGGAAUUGUACAAAUGUAGAAAAACAGUUCAUAAGUGUAUGUGUACUUGGACAAAAAUGAUUUAGUUGAUCUCAUAUAAAGCAUUGAUAAGUUGAGUCGAAAGCUAUAAUAUUUUGGCACUCGUAUUUAGUUUGACGGGUGUCGAAAGACAUUUUAUAGGUGCCUUUCUUAAAAGUUAUAUAAUAAAUUAAUUACUCAGUAGGAACUUGUAAAUUGUAGUGUUGUUUUAAUAAAAUCCAUCCGCUCAUACCUUUAACUUUGGCCCUAAUCCUAACUCAUUAAAUGUUAAAUUAAAUUUCUUUUUUCUGUAACCAAUAAGCAAUCCUACCUGGAGUACAAUGAGGUGAAGAGGGCAAGUGUAUAUUUUUACUUAUAUUUUUUGUUACGUUCAUAACGAAUAGGUUAGAUCUAUCACAAUAAAGUCAAACGAUAGGCAUAAAAUAUUUGCGUGAAUCAAUUCCCAUUGUUUAGCUGCAUUGUAAUUAAUUGCUAUGUUCUUGAAAGAGAACGGAAAAACUAAUAAGUCUCAGCGUAUUUUUUUUCGAUUGUAUAAAAGCAAGCACGCACAUACACGUGGUUCUAUAUAGCCUGUCUAAUGAAUUGUGAUCUUCCAAAAGAGUUUCCAUCCCAUUUCAUCGAGAGGCAAAUUUAAAAAUUCUGUAGCUAUAAACACUUUGAGGGACAAAUAGACUUGAAACUUUAUAUUAACUGAUAAAUAAAACAUUAUAACCAACUUUGAAAGAAGGAGAGGUCGUCAAUACUGCUACAUAUUUUUUUAACCUCAUUGCUCUGAGAUUUGUAGACGGAUUAUAAUGAUUGAUUUUCCAAUAGCUAUUUGGUGUUCAGUGACUGGUAGUUUAUCCUAAUUUAUAGAAAAAUACCUAUAAUUGAUGAUAUCUAUUCUAAAUAUUUUAUCUCGUGUGUCCACGUCUCGUCUGUUACACGAGAUUUUAAAACAUUAAUUAUGCGUUUUAUCUUUUCUUUUAUUUAUACAAUAUCUACACUUUCUGAAAGAAACCAACAGCAACAUAAACAUGUUAUGAUAAAAGUAAAAAAAAUAAAAUAGGUACCCAAAUAAACGAAAGUAUCAAAAUCCACCAUCCGUGUAACGUCAAAGUGAUAGUUCUAAUAUUGCCAUAUUCAAAAUUUAAAAAAAUAGUAGGGUGACCAUUCAUUAGACAGACUAUCACCGGCAUUGUGUAUUCAGUUAAAAGUAUCAUUAUUCACUUCGUAAUUUUAAUUAAACACUAUUGGUUACAGAAUAAAAUGAAAAUUAAUAAUUCUUAUAAUCCUUUUCUUGUAGUACUUGUAUUUAUAAGAAAAUUAUAUAUCUUUUUUUUUGUCAUACCAUAUUAUUUUGCAAUACCGUGGCCAUACGAGAAAAGCUAGUCAUUAGAAUUACAAUGUAAAUUUAAUAUAACUUAAAAUUAUUAAAAAAAUAUUUACAUUUAUAAAUAAAACCCCUUACGUUUAUUAGUAAGGGGUAGAACCUAAAAUUGUGGCCAAAUUACGAUUAAUAAAUCCAAAUAUAUAUACACGAUUUUAAUAGUUUAGUGUUAUAAGUACAAUAAGUUGUCAGUUUACUAGGGAAAAUGGUGAUCAUUAUGAAAUUUGGCUGCUUAAAUAUUAACUUAAAAGGGAUUUACAUAGAUUAAUUGAUGAAAUUGUUUUAAACUUACUCCGAACAUUUUAAUUUUAACAGACGAAACUUCAACAGUUGUUUUACUUUUACGAACAAAAAUAUUUCUUUCAAGACCUGCUGCGCUGACGUUUAUACUUUUCUCUUUUAAUUCAAAUUUAAUUCUCUAUUUACUAAUAAAACAGAUUAAGCCGUCAUGUUUCUCAUUAAACUAUUAAUCACCAUUUUACGUGAAUAUUGUAUAAUUUCUAACAUUAUCUAAUUGUCAAGCUUUGCCGUUUGAUUUAAAGAUUCUAUAACCGUUGUCAAUUUGAGUUAACGCCUUAGGAUUCUUGAUUUUUGAAAAUUUAGUAAAUAGAAUAUAUGUAGGAGACGUAGCAAUAAAUGACAAGCAAUAACUAUAAAAAUAAUUAUAAUAACGAGUACAGCUUUAGGGAAGCUAGAGAUUGGUACUGAGAGUAGUUGGAUCCUAUAUUCAUGAAAUUACUUGCAAAAUAUUUUUUCUAUAUAGAAAUGUGGCUAAACAGACUGGGUUAUAUGAAUACCUAUAAAUCGAUUAUAAUUAUAGGCAGUUUGGUACAAGUAAUACGAGUAUAAUAGCUAUUCACAGAACAAAAUACUAUAUUAGACUUUAUAACAGCGUAAUAGUUCAACUAGGCAGAAAGGCGGGAAUUAGUCAAUUGCUAGCUAUAGACAUUAGAGGAUAUAAACAGUUAGAAGAAUAAAAUAGUGAAGUCACUUAAGGCUUGUUGAUUACAUUGAUUCGAAGUACAUACACAAUUUCGUCGUAUUAUAAAAACCGAACGAUUUGAACGUGUAACGUGGUAAGACAGUAAAAUUAUGGUGACGAAUUUAAAAGCUCAUUGGUGCCGAAAAUUCUAGACUGUGAUUCAAUUGUUCAUUCUGAACGUGUCUUAUAUUGAAAUAGUUGUUUUGUAUGAUUGGCAAUAUGUACAGCUAAAGUGCUGAUGGAAACGAAUAAUACACUGUAUUAUAAAUUAAAGACGGACAGAACAUGUUGUAUGAAAUGCAUUUGUUGUUAAAGUAAUAAAGAUUUGUAACCAUAAAUAUAAAGCCGUGAGGUGUUAUUAAACUUUUAAUUUUGUUAACAGCAUUAGUGGAUUGGGUAGUAGUUGGUUGAAUAGCUUUGCUAUGAUUUCCGUGCGUCAGUGACAAAUCUUAUAAAUUAAAAUUCAACACUGUGUAAGUAUUCAACUAUAUGUAGUGAGUCAUACGUAACAUGUGUAAUUUAUAUGAUUGUCAUUGCGCACACGUUUUUGUAUAUUGGUUUUUUACUAGCACCACUGUUACGAUAUGGAGUAAUAAUUGGAAGCCUAAACAUUAUGUGCCUUAGAUACAACAAUAUUGUAUGAUAUUUAUGAUGCGUUCUAUACAACGUGCUAACUAGAGAUAAAGAUAAACAUUAUUUUCAAAGCCUGGGACGUGAAUAAUUGUCUUAAUUGUUAGAUUUAAUUUCGGCGAAGGCUUUUAUGUAUGGAUUUGAAUCUCCUUAAGAUUUCUAGUACUUUAGAAUGCCCUAUUAAUUUUUGUUUUCUUGCUAUGACAUUAACCCAUUAGCUGAAAUUAAUUAAUAAUAUUUUUGAACCCAUUGAUUUAUCAAAAUUGAUGAGAAACUGGGCACCCAGCAGUCUGGAAGUUAAUUUCGAAUCCAGAGUACUUAUAUUACAAUUGUAACCCUCGUCUAAUGUUUAUUGUACAAUUAUUAAGUAACGCUUCUAUGCGUAGUUUGCUGAAAAUAUGAAUACUUCGACUAUAUUAUAUAUAAUUUUAGUAAUUACCUACAAUUGUACCCGUUUAAGUACUCGUAUUUUACAGGCAUGUGUAUCCUAAUCAAAGCCACAAUCGAAUUAGGCACGCUAUUCAUUUCAAAAUGAUAAAACUACUUAUCUUUAAUUUUCGCAUGUUUUUUUUAAUAUUGCCUACCUAUUAUUACUAUUCUUCAGACUAACAAAAAUUUAUAUUCGAAAUGAAUACACAAUGGUAUUUUUGUUGUUUUUCUAUUCACAAUCAUAAGUCGUUAUUAGAAUCACAAAUCCGUCUUAUUAUUAGGUUUGUGGAUUUUGGACAUUGAAAAUAACUUACAUACGUAAAUAAAAUAGAAACUAAUUGUAAGUAUAAUUAACCAAUAGAAGAAUACUCCUAGUUACGGAUUUUUUAGUUGAUUUUAUAUUAUGUGUAAUAAUGAUUAUUUUGUUUUAGCGAAUUUAUGAAUUAUUUUUAGUUCAACCUAUUUUGUGUCCGUUGUAUUAUUGUCUGUAAAUAUGUUCCGAAAUGUAUUUAUAAUUUAAUCUGUAUAAUUUAUUAGUAGAAAACGUAUUGAUGUGUUACGUUUGUCAUAAUAAUAUUAAUAUCCUUACAGCGCUUUCAUAUUUUAUAUUUUCAUGAUUUUUACAUUUUCUUUGUAAUCCAAGCCGUUAUUGAAUCAAAUGUACUAUUUGAAUAGAACCGUAAGAGACGAGGUCCGUUUGUUCAAACACUUGAGAUAGUUCAUUCGAUUCGAACGUAAUAACUAAAGAUAGACUUGUAAAAAUGUUAUAACAUGUAUUUUUAACCUAUACAUAGUAAGAUAUUUAUAGAUUUUUAGUCGUUUAAUUAUUUCGAACGACUUGUUAUAAAGAAAAUUGGUGCUUAAAGCUUAAACAAAAUAUGAGUCGGCACAAAAUUGUGUCGUGUGUGUAUUGUCAUGGAGAGGUCAGAGCAUAAUGACAUAGCAUGCGUUGUUAUGCUUACAUUCGAUGUGAAAUUGUUUACGAUAAAUAAAUAAAAAACACAUCAACGUAACGCUGUUACAAAGUCACCGCGUACGGAGAGUAAAAAAAUAUAAUUGGCGCCAUUAAGACAGCGCCAUCUAUAUUUCUUAUCUCAUACUCUAUUAAGACAGCGCCAUCUAUAUUUAUUUUCUCGAACUCCUUAAAUUAAGAGGUGCAAAAACCAAACGAUUUCACAUCACAAUGUAAGCAGUUAUAAUAAUGUAGGUAAACUUUGCUCAAUAUCGAUGAAAACUGAAAAGUGUUACAGUUGAUGCAAUACAAACAAACAAACACAU